GGAGGCUUUCUGCCAGCGGGCACCCAUCUUCCUUGAUUACCUGCACAGCAUCCUGCAGAAGUACCCGGAUGGGGGGCAGAUCCUCAAGGAGCUGGUGCAGAAUGCAGAUGAUGCUGGCGCUAAUGAGGUCGUCUUUGUGUCUGAUGAGCGGGAAUUCGACAUCACUGGAGGGGGACUGGAGGGCACCCAGGGCCCAGCUCUCCUGGCCUACAAUGAUGCCGUGAUGUCGCCCCGGGACUGGAAAGGGCUUCAGCACCCAGGGGUGUCACACAAGCGGGAGGAUCCCUGCACUGUGGGACGCUUCGGCUUGGGCUUCACCUCUGUCUACCACCUCACCGGCCAGGUGCUGCCAGGUGCUGGCAACCGCUGGGACGUCUCUGCAGCCCAGGACCUUCCUGGCCUUUUCGAGCCCUUCUGGGCUGGGCUGGAAGCUGUGGGACUGCACCGCGCCUCUGCCCAGGCCACCCUCUUCCGCUUCCCCCUUCGCCAGCAACCCUCGGAAAUUGCUGCAGGGGUCUCCGACCCUGAGCGCAUCUGUAGCCUCAUCCAGACCUUCCUCACUGAGGCUCCUCUUGCCCUUCUCUUCCUCCGCCACGUCCGGCAUCCCUACAGCAUCUGGCCAGACCCCGAGCGCACACCGAGCUCUGGCCGGAUCCGCAGCCUGGUGACCCAUGUCUGCCAGGAGCUGGCAGCUGCCCCCAUCCUGGUGCCAGCCGCACAGGGGGGUGUGAGAGAGGCCACAGCAGGAUACGUGCGGGAGGUGCUGCGGCGCCACGGGGACAUAGACCUCCCAGCUGCUGACCGUCUCUCCCUGCUGCGCUAUGUGGCCGGGGAUGGGUCCCAUGCUGAGCUGCAGGGUCUUCCCCUCCUGCCUCGUGCUGAUGGGACAUUCGUGGCCUUUGGAACUGCAUCAGACACUAUCUACGUGGACACGUCUGACUGCCCCAGGGAACUCCUGCCUGGCCUGGCCGGGUCCUUCCUGCCCUCAGACCUGGAGCCGGACUUGGACAGCCUCCUGCGAGGCAUUGCCAAGAAGGGUCUCUUCCUCAACCUGGUUCUGCUGGACCCAGCGGUGACUGCACAGACCCUGCGCUUGGCUCUGCCCCCAACCUGGAUGUCUCAGUCUUCAACCCCAGUGACCUGGUGCCCAGCCCAAGGACCCCCCCAGCCCCCAGUCUCCUGGUUUCCAGCCCUGUGGCAAUUCCUGGCCCACCAUAUGGAAGACCUGGGCCCUCUGGAGGGGCUCCCUCUCAUAUCGCUGUCCCCACUGGAUGCUCCCACUAUCCGUCUAGCUCCGCUGAUACCCCAAUCCAGUCUUAUCUUCCAGACAUGGGAGGACCAGUGCCUGCCACCUGCUGUGGCCUCUGUGUUGGAGGUCCUGGGUUGCCCAGUGGUGCCUCCGGGCAUGUGGCACCACUCCCUGUCCCACUACAUCCUGCCUCCAUCCCCCCUCAAUGCCCUGAGGGCGCUGGGCAGGCAGGGGGCUGCAGCGGUGGCCUCCCACAUGGCCUUGCUGCCUGAUGCAGAUGUGGUCACCCUCCGGCUCUACCUAGCAGAAGUCCCAUCCCUGACAGAGCAGGACAGGACCACGCUGGCUGCUCUGCCCCUCUUUAUGCCACUGCCCUGCUUGGCCACGCCGCAGCCUAUUUUGCUGGUACCAGCUGGUGACACCUCAGCGCUUGAGCCAGAGCUGGAGCUGCCCAGAGGUGUGGUGCUGCCAGAAGCCAUGUUGCAGUGCCGGGAUGAAGCUGACCGGCAACUCCUGUGGAGGCUGGAAAGACCCCUCAUCAGUGCAGCCUGUGUGAUGCUAAAGGCCAUCAAAGCCGUGGCCCAAGGCACCUAUGCAGGGAGGGCUGCUGAGACGCAGGCACUGCUGCUCUGGGUGCUGCAGCAUGGAGAUAUCGUCUUCGCACAGAGCCCCCUGCUGCAGCAGGCCUGCAGCGAGCUGGCCUUCCUGGAGACCCCCAACGGCCCCGCGUGCCCACGAGACCUCUAUGACCCCUGCGACAGCACUUUGCGGGUAUUGCUGGGACCUGAGCACUUUCCUCCUGCUGCCUUCCACAGUGAGUCUGUCCUCCGUGCCUUGAGGGCCCUGGGCUUGCGGCACGGUGAGGGGUGCCUGCUGCCUUCAGACGUCCUAGCAGCUGCAGCAAAAGUGACUCAGGGUGGUACAGUGGCUCUGGACAGGGCUGAGGCACUGAUCGAGGUCUGCAACCACCCCAAGGCACUGGCUGGCUUCAGCGCUGCAGAGCUCAGGCAGCUCAAGGCCCUGCCAUGGGUACCUUGCUCCAAGUGCACUGGAAUGUCUGCACAGCCCUUCCUGCCACUCACAGAGCUGCGAUCCACUCAGUACCAGUCCCUGGUGGGGCUUGCCAUGCCCCUGACUGGCGCCUUUGUGCCAGAGGCAGAGAAAAAGCUGGGCCUGAGCCAGACCCCACCACCAGAGAGAGUGUGGGAGCAGCUGAGAAAGCUGGCAGGGCGCAGGGAUGUGGAUAAGGUGGGUCCUGCUCUCCAUCCCAUCUACAGGCACAUGCAGGAAAACCUGAAGACCUUUGGGGCUGCCCCAGAUGAUGCUGUGGUGUGGACUGGGUCUGGGUUUGUCCUGCCAUGUGAUGCUGUGCUGGACCAUCCUAAGGAGCUGGAGCUGGGGAUGCUGGUGCCCCGGGUGCCCCCUGAUUUCCUGCCCUACACCUGCCUCUUCCGGGCUUGGGGGGUGGGGAUGGGGGUGAGUGAGGAGAGGGUGGUGUUAGCCCUGCGCUGCCUGGGGCAGGACAUAGACAAGCGCAGCUCCAGAGCAGGCACUGCAGAAGAGCUGCAGGUGGUUGUAGCUGUCCUGGAGUGGCUGAAGAGUCAGGGGCACCAGGGUGAGGGCACUGUGCCAGUUCCUGUGAGGAUCCCAGAGGGCUCAGGCUUUGCCCUCUGCCCAGCUGCCUCUACUGUGUACCUGGACAUGGAGCUGGAGGAAGAGGAUGAUGUUCAGGAUGUGGUGCACCAGGCAGUACCAUCUGGAACAGCCACAUUCCUGGGCGUGGAGCUGCUCAGUACGCGGCUACUGGGCCCGGAGCCAUUCACAGCCUGUGGCCCCUCAGAGCCCAUCACCUUACGCCUCCGCAACAUCCUCCGGGAGUACAGUGAGGAGAGCGACCUCUUCGCAGAGAUGGUCCAGAAUGCAGAGGAUGCUGGAGCUACUGUGUGCCGCUUCCUCCUGGACCUCCGGUGCUGCAGAAAGGCACCCUCUGGGCUGCUAGACCCAGGCAUGUUUGUCUGCCAUGGCCCAGCGCUCUGGGCCUACAACAAUGCCCUGUUCACAGAGGAUGACCUCCGCAACAUCACACGGAUUGGGGCUGCUACAAAGGAGGCCCAGGCAGGCCGGAUUGGGCGCUUUGGGCUGGGCUUCAGCUCUGUCUACCGUGUCACAGAUGUGCCAGCAGUACUGACUGGGGAGACGCUGCUCAUCUUUGAUCCCAAUGGCACCCAUCUGGGCAAGCACAUUCCCAGGGCUGGCUGCCCUGGAAUCCGCCUGAACUUCUCCAGCCGACCACGCAUCCUCCGUCUCUUUGCUGAGCAGUUCCAGCCCUACCAUGGUAUCUUUGGGUGCCGCCUGCCUGAGCCAGGGCCCUUUCCAGGGAGCCUUUUCCGCCUGCCUUUUCGCACUGAAGAGGAAGCUGUGGUAUCACAGAUUUGCUCAGAAGCCUUUGGUAUAGAGCGGAUCCAGUCCCUUGGCACCGGCUUCCUUGGUUCUAACCAGCUCCUGCUGCUUUUCCUGAAGAAGGUUAGGGAGCUGUCCCUGGAGAUGCUGCCAGACACAGCCACCUCUGCAGAGGAUACCAUGACCCUGGCCAUACUGCGGCGAAAGGAGAUCCGAGAUCUGGGGGCCCCUGGGGACCCCCCAAGUUGGGCAGCCAUCGAGCAACUCUCAGCCUGCAAUGAGGAAUCCAAGACCAUGUGGCACUACCUGGUUUUGGUGUGUCAGGGUGAUGGGGAGCUGCUGGAGCUGUUUCACAAGAACACACAGGCAGGGCUCCAUCCUCCACCUCCCAUGGCUGGUGUGGCCCUUCCCCUUGCCCUUACUGAAGAUGGCAAGUGGAUGCCACGUCUGGAUGCUGAGAAGGGGCAAGUUUUCUGCCACCUUCCCAUGCCAGUGAUCUCAGGGCUGCCAAUCCAUGUACAUGGGGCCUUCAGCAUCCUCUCAAACCGCAAGGGGCUGUGGGACACAGCGGAGCAGGGUAAGUGGAACCGGGUGCUGCUCCGCAAUGCCGUGCCGAUUGCCUGGCUCCGGGCACUGGACCACCUCCGUGCCAUGCAUGAGGCAGGUGAGUUGAAGAAUUAUGAGUAUCAUCUCUUCUGGCCGGAUAUUAACACUGCCCGUUACCCCUUUACGGAGGCCGUGACUAGCUUUUACCAGGCUGUGGCAGCCAGGAACGGCCCCAGGCUCUUUUCUGACGGCCGCUCAUGGUGCUCGCUGCAGCACGCCUGCUUCCUGCACCAGGCUGUGGACAGACACCCCAAGCUGGGUGCUGUGGCAAAGCAUGUCUUUGCCACCAUUGUGCCCCAUCCCCUGUUAGCUGUGGUCUUGCCAGAGCAGGUGCAGAGAGGCCUUGGGAAGGCAGUGGAUGCUUGCACCUAUGACUGGCCCCGCUUUUACUGUGAGCUUGUGCUUCCCAAUUUGGAAAACCUCUCUGCUGUUGACCGGGACCCACUGCUUCUCCAUGCACUGGAUAUGUCCCAUGAGACACUAAGCCAACUGGAGAGGCUAGGCAUGGUGAAGGACACAGUGACCCUGCCAGAGCUGCUGGAGCGGGCAAAGACUGUGCAGCUUGUCUGGGCUGAGGACCAUGCCCAGGGCUGCCAGAGGGCUGCCUGCAUCCUUGAGCUGCUUCAGGAUGUAAUGAAGGAGACAGUGAACAACACCAUGCAGGCUGCAUUCCGGACUGUGCCCUUCCUCCCUGGCACACUGCCCACUGAUCUGGGGGAAAACUUCAGCCUCUCCAAGGAGGUUGCAUCCUUCUUGGGGUUGGACCGGCAGAUACCAUCAGGUACCGUCCUUAAGCAACUGCAGGCACUGUGUAAUAGCUCCAAUGCUCUCCCUUUGGAGAACCUGCAGGACAGCACCAACUGCUGCUACAAGCACCUGAACAAGCUGCUCCAGAAAGAACACUCCAGCUGGGAUGAGGUGGCUUCUGCAGUGGCCCAAGGAGAGCCCUUCAUCUUGGUGGGCUCGCACUUUGUGCCAGUCAUGGCUGUGGCUGAGACACUGUCGUUCGAAGCUGUCCCAUACCUUCACCAGCUCCAAGAGCAGUACAAGCCCUACAGCCAACUCUGGGAGUGUGUGGGGCUGCGCCACAAAUUCACCUGGGAUGAUUAUGCCCAAGUGCUCUGCACCCUGGCAGAGACACAUGCUGGAGAGCCACUGCCUGCCGAAGAGCUGUCUCUGGUCUUGCGGCUGGUGUUAUGUGGCUUGAUGGAAGAUGGCAAUGAGCCAGAUGCCUACCAGACUCAGCAACUCUUCCUGCCUGACGAGGAGGGCAUUUUGCGUCCACGGGACAAGCUCCACUUCAAUGAUACACCAUGGAUGCAAAUAGACAGAGAUGUCCUGCUGUGCCAUAAAAAGCUGUCCCGAGCUGCAGCCCUGCACUGUGGGGUGCUUACCACACGCCACCGAGCACUGGAGAGGAGCCAACUGGUCACUGAUGACCUGAGCCUCUGGAUGCAGCCAUUUGGAGCCCAUGAAGACUUGCCAACACGGCUGAAGAACAUCUUAAAGGACUACCCAACAUCUGCUCCUGAUAUAGUGAAAGAGAUGCUCCAGAAUGCAGAUGAUGCUGGUGCAGGGCUCAUACACUUCGUGUGGGACCGCCGGCAGCACCCAGUAAAGGCCACUUUCAGUGAGAAAUGGAACCUCUUGCAGGGCCCUGCCCUCUGCAUCUACAAUGACAGCCCUUUCCAGCAGCAGGACAUUGAUGGCAUUCAGCAUCUGGGGAUGGGUGGCAAGCAAGGCAGGCAGGAUGUCACAGGCAAAUAUGGCCUUGGCUUUAACACUGUCUUCCACUAUACUGACUGCCCAGCCUUCCUGACAGGAGACAGUGCCCUGUGUGUCUUUGAUCCCCACCUCUACUAUGUGCCCACAGCCACAACUGAGAAGCGUGGUGGGAUGUUUGCUGUGAACCCUGAAUUCAAGAGGAAUUUUCCAGACGUUUAUGACACCUUCCUACCCUCCCUCUUCAACCUGAACCAGGGUGUCCUUUUCCGGCUGCCACUCCGCACUGCAGCUGGGGCUUUCAAGUCCAAGGUGUCUGACAUGGUCGUGCGAGAGCAAGACCUCAGGGACAUGGAGGAAACACUGGCUGAGGAAGGUGAGAACUUGGUGCUUUUCCUCCGGCACGUCCACACUGUGGUAUUCUCUGAGAUCCCCACAGAUGGGAAACGGUUGGUGGAGAAGCUGCGGAUUACCACAGAGCUUACAGAUGGUGAUGCAGAGCUGAGAUGGGGUUUUCAAGCGAGACUGAGCCAAGCCGUGGAUGGGGUCAGCUCCACCACUGCUUCCUAUAUCAUGAGAGUCAAAAACAGCAAGGCCAAGACCAGUACUUUGUGGCGAGUAGUCUACCAAAUUGGGGUUCAGGAGGGGGCCGAGGAGUCUCCAGUGCUUGAGCGACUGCCCUAUGGGGCUGUGGCUGCCUGCCUGAAGCCAUUGCACAGAGUUAAGGGCAGAGCCUUCUGCACUCUCCCACUGGCAUUGAACACUGGUCUGCCUGUGCACAUCAACGCCAACUUCUCUGUGGAUGCAGCCAGGCGCAGCCUCCGACAGGACAAAGGCCACACAGAGGCAGCCUGGAAUCAAUUCUUGCUCCAGCGUUUGAUGGUUCCACUAUACUGUGACUUUCUCACCAGGCAGUGGAAAGCUCUGGGCACAGAAGAGCUCCAGUACAAGUCUCUGUAUCCCUGCCAGGAGCACCUGGCCUCCCACUUGCUCCAGUUCUUCCCUGUUACGACAGGGGUGCAGUCUACCUUUCAGGGCAUGGUAAGGGAGGUCUAUAAGCACCUCAGUCAUGCACGCCUGCCCCUGGUGCCUGUGUACCAUGAGUCGUCACCUGGCAGCAUGGUGACAAUAACCUGGAUGUCUCCAGGUGGAGGAGACUUGCUAACUGAGCCAUACUUCCUCAAGGCAAUGCCUGACCCAAAUCUCCAUCAGGUGCUGCAGGCCCUGAACAUGAAACUGGUUCCAGCAUUCAGCCACUUGCAGCAGAUCCAUGAGGAGUUCAUUGAAGCCGGGCCCAUGGAUGUGGACAAGGCAGAACUGGAAGGCCUGCCAUUGCUGGCCACACAAGAUGGUUACCUGAAUGCCCUCAGCAGCCACCACAUAGUCUUCAAGGACUCCUUUUCCCAUCUUUUUCCUGACCAUGGCCACCUCUUUGCCUGCGAAUUGAUUUCUGAUUGUGCCCCACCUUGUUUUGUGAAGGAGCUUGACCUCUCAGAGGCCGCACCACUCAUCCAGGAGGCACUGGGUCAGUUGGACUGGUCCACGAAGUGGCAAGAGUGGCUCAAGAAGCUGUGGGAGUUCUUUCGUGCUGUGGUCUGCAAACCCAUGAUGACCACAGAGAAACUGAAAGAAAACAUGAAGUCAUUCAUGGAUCAUCUCCAGGACAUGGCAGUGCUGCCUGUUCAGGGGAAUAAGACAGACUCGAAUCACCUACUGCCACUAUCCUCCCUCUCCAGGGUUCUUUAUGAGUGUCACACAGAAGUGGAAAAGGUGCUGCACAAGCUCGGCAUCCCUGUGCUCCAGAGGUUCCUGUCAGUCUCUGCAUUUGCCCAUCGCUGUCUGAAGCCAAUGGCACUGCAGGUCACAGAUCCUGGGGUUGUAGUGGCCCAUCUGGCAGGCACCAAAGAUCAGCUCCGUUGGGAGGACUUAAAGGAGAAGGAUGUGACUACCCUGCUGCACUUUGUGCAGGGAAACCUGGCUUCAUCUGGACUGGAUCAGCUCCAGCACCUGCCUCUGUUCCAGAAGUUUGGUGGGGGCUAUGUAGCUGUGGCUCCCUACUGCAAGGUCCUGUUGCUCUGCAGAGGCACCCUAGAAGUACCCCCGGGUACCCAAGAUUUGUACAACCUGGACAGAAACACGGUGCUGCUCACAGCAGACCGGAUCCACCAGCAGCUGGCCAAGGACUUGAUGUGGAAGCUCACAGAUGAUCUAAAGCUCUUCAGGGCCAUGGUGCUGCCCCGGCUGUCUCAGCUCACACAGCACUACCUUAUGAAAGCUCUGCGCUUGUUCUUUGUCCUGAGACCCAGCUAUGACCCUCAGACCCAAAAAGCCAUUAUGGAAGCUUUUCAAAAUGUGGCCUUUAUACCUGAUGUCCAUGGUAAGCUGCGUCUGGCCUCCUACUUCUAUGACAACACAGACUCCUUCUGCACUCUGCGGCUCCAACACCGCUUUGUGCCUGAAUAUUUCUUUAAGGAGCUAGAUAAGAAUGGGGAAGCUAAAAAUUUCCUGCUUCAGGCAGGUGUCCAGACCAGCCUCUCUGAAGAGGAUUUUGUAGCACUGGCCCAGGAGAUAGAGCAUGAAGCUGCUCAGGCUACGUGCCAUGCUGCAGAUCUGCUGAAGCGACAGCAGGAGAUGCUCAAGCAGCUUGAAACCUUGCUGAAAAAUCUUGAGUCAAAGGACUUCCUGGGGAAAAUUGCUUCAAUCCACUUCCUGCCUCCACUGGACAUCCCCCCAGAGUUGAUAAACCUCCACCUCCCUUUCGCAGACUGCACUAAGCCUGUUGCUCUGAAAGGCAGCAUUUACCACUGCCAAAAUGCAGCUGAGCUGCUUUGGACAUCAGCCACCAUCCUGCCAAAGUCCUUCAAAUCUGAGAAGAAGCCCCUGGAGGCCAUGGGAGUCCUUACAAAGAUACCCACCGCUCUGGUGGUGUCCAACCUGAAGCAUGUGUGCAGGGCAGCCUGCAAUUCACCAGAGCAGGUGAACACACGGGCCAGAGUGCUCCAGAAGGUGUACAAAUUCUUGCAGACCCAUCUGACGGAGGUGGAUGCAGAGAGCCUUGCUGAGCUGCCUGUGGUGCUGGCCAAGUCAGGGGACAUGGCCAGGCCAUGCCAAGUGGUGACAUCACUCCCAGAUGAGGCUGACUUUUGCCCCUACCUCUUCAUGCCUGACCGCCACACGGCUGUUUUUGGAGACCUCCUGCAACACCUUGGGGUGGUUGCACUCCCCACACUGACUCACUACAGCCAUGUCCUGGCCCAAAUCUACAAGGAAAGCCGUGUCAGUUGGACUCUUACUAAUACCCAAAAGAAGACAGUCCUGCUGGCCACAAGGCACUUCUUCCAGCUGCUGCAGCAGGCACAAGAGACCCCUGAUUGCUCCUCUGUGACUGAGCUGUACCUGAUGAGCACUGCUGACCGCCUAGAGCCAUCCCACAGGCUGUAUUUCAAUGACUGCCUGCCCUCAGAGACUGCUCAGUCCUUGGAGAAGACCUUUGUGUUCAUGGCUGACCUGCCGGUGACCGGGUGUAAUGCCAGAUGGCUGUUGGAAAUGCUGCCACUGCACCUGCAGCCACGAGUACUCUCAAAGGUGACAGAGCAGCUGCUGGAGGAGGGUGGUCUGCAGCCAUGCCACUAUGGCUCUCACUGCCCUGGGCAGAGGCGUCUGCAGACCCUCCUUGUAUCACUGUGGUUUAGGAUAGGGCUGGAGUCCCUGCUCCAGUGGCACAGCCAGAAGGCCAUGACAGGAACAGAGCGGGAUGGUGUUGUUGCAGUGGAGCUGCUGAAAGUGCAAUGCUGCAAAGACAUCCGCACUGUGCUGGUCCACGAUGGUGCAAGGGUGGAGGGCAGCUCCCAGUCACAGGUCAUCCAUGUGUGCCCGUCUGGUGGUGCUCAGCGGCUCCUCUACAUCCGACAUGCAGAGAGGGACCUGAGCCGGCACCAGCUGAGGAUCCUGGAGAAGAUAACACAGGAGAUAAAUAACAUCCUGGGUGGACAGCUGGGGGCACCUGCCUUGUCUGUGCUGCGUGAAAUGCUGAUCUGCCAGGAGCCACAGGAUGUGGCCAUUGUUCUAGAGGAGAACAAUGUGGCACUGGCAGGUGAUGUGCACCAGCUGCAGGGGCUGAAAAGGCUGCGGGCUGUGGCAGAGAAGACAUGGAAGGUGAAUCAAGCCACGAGUGACCUGCAGGCAGCCCACAAUGACAUAGCACGAUGCUGCCCCAACUGGGUCCUCUUCAAAGUGCACCAGGCGCUGGAGAAGGCGAUGGUGGCUGCCGUACUUUGCCGUGGUGAGGCCUUUGAGGGUCCAGUGGGGCUGAUGGAGCUGGCCCAAUGGCUGGAGGCACAGGAGCCAGAGCUGAGGGUCCUGGUGCCAGACGUGCAGUGGUUGCGUGGCUACGGUGUGGAUGGCAAGGCCACGCAGUACCCGAAUUACCACCCUCACCCCAUGACCCCCUGUGAGGCCUUCCACAGCGUGGAUGAGGAGGAGGUCCUGAAGCGGGCACAGAGAGUGCUGGAGACACUGGUGUAUCAUGUGCACAGAAA